GCUCUGCUGCGAAGGGAGAUGGCCGGGAAGGGAGGCAAGGGGCUGCUUGCGGUGAAGACGACGGUGGCCAAGGGCGCCGUCGACAAGGACAAGGACAAGAAGAAGGCGCCUGUGUCCCGCUCAUCCCGCGCCGGGAUUCAGUUCCCCGUCGGCCGCAUCGGGCGCUACCUCAAGAAGGGCCGCUACGCGCAGCGCGUCGGCUCCGGCGCCCCCGUCUACCUCGCCGCCGUCCUCGAGUACCUCGCCGCUGAGGUGUUGGAGCUUGCCGGCAACGCGGCCAAGGACAACAAGAAGACCCGCAUCAUCCCGCGCCACCUGCUGCUCGCCGUCCGCAACGACCAGGAGCUCGGCAGGCUGCUCGCCGGCGUCACCAUCGCCCACGGCGGCGUGAUCCCCAACAUCAACUCCGUGCUGCUCCCCAAGAAGUCCCCCGCCGCCGCCGAGAAGGAGGCCAAGUCGCCCAAGAAGAAGAUCUCCACCAAGUCCCCCAAGAAGAAGACCGCCGCCACCAAGGAGUAGCCGCCCCCAUAGACUACUAUCGUGACAGGAUGAGGUGUUUUGGCUGGUUGGGUCCUGUGUGUAAUUGCCUAGUCUGUAGUGGCUGUUUCAUCAGUUCGAUGAGCAAGCCAGUAGGGGCUGUAUUCUUAUCUCUGAUUUAUGUCCGGAAUGGCUAAAGAUGCAAUCCUUUCAAUCA